CUUUGAACAGAGAAGGUUUGCAGCCGACUUAGUGAAGUGGUUUCAAUAUUUUUGCAGUUGUGGCCGGCUCAGUUAGUUCCACAGCAAAACCAAAACAAAAGUCCAAACUAGGAGAGAUUAGCAAUCGGCUUUGAGAAGGCAUCGAAAAUAUUAUGUUAAAACUGGGCUUGCGUUGUCGAUGUUGACUGGCGACGUAAAAGAGAAUUCAAAUUUCAAAAUUUGAAAAAUGGCCGAUUCGGAUUGGAAGAGCCGUGUUGGAAUUGACAUCAAUUUUAGCUCUGGAGAUGAGAAUGACGACGACGAUGGUGACAGCAGCAGCACCGUGGUAGUACCAUUCGCCGAUGAGCCUGAUUUCGUUAGUGAUUUCUGCAGCAGCUCUCAAGAUUUAGAAGAAGGUAUCCGGAUAUCUUCCGUAGACGACGUUCUCAGCCGAUACGCGGACCAGUAUGGUAGUACGCCUCCGAGGACAAGAAUAAAGAAUAAAAGCCGAAGCUCUCGCCAAAGAAUGGAAGGAAACGUCCGAAUGCGCACUGGAAGAUUGGCACGACCACGUGCCGAUCGGCGCAACACGGUUGAUUGUGCACUAUUGAAUCAGAUGAUAAUGGAAACUGAUGGAGACGAAAAAGUCCGUAGUGAUAAACGAUCGACGCAACUGCUGCGAGAGUCGGAAAGGGAACUGAAAAUGGCUGCAGCAGUUAAUCCGGUAAUAGCACGGAAUUCAGCAAAUCUUGGUCCGACUGUAGGAUCUAUUGAGGAGCGAGCUGAAAGUAUGCCCAUUGCUCACGUCACUUCUGGAGUCUCGCCAGGGGUGAUUCCAGCAUUGAUCGAGUCGUGCAAUCGUUUCAUGAGCGUCAAAUCACGACCUGUAGGCUGUAGAACAUCAGCUCCUCCGUCAGCUUUCGCUAAUUUUCGUGAUUGUUCGAUAAACACAGGAUCAGAAAUACCUCAAAAUCGGAUUGCUUUCCACGAAACAUUCUCCAACUUGAUCAAACUAGGUAGUAUUGAUAAGGAUAGGACCAAUCGAAAUAUAAUCUCCACGGAGGAACGACUUUGGCAGACUCAUGUUAACGAUUUGAUAUGGUUAGAAUUACAAGCGUGGCACGCCGACCGUUCGGUCGAGCAGCAAGACAAAAUCCUUUGUCAGGCUAGAAACGAAAUUGAUAUGUUACUGGAAGAAAUAAUGAAUUUUCGAUUCCAACGACAUUUUGCCCGAAAUGUAAGUGAGUUAAGUCAAGCUGAUAGUGGUUUGGGAUCAGAGGCAACAGCUUCCACAUCCAAUGGAGACACCGUGCGCGAGUUCUGUUUUGGAUGUUUAUCGAUGUAUUGCAAAGAUUGCUUAGAAAUCCAAACGAUCGCAUUGAAACAGGUGGAGGAUCUUUUGCUCCGAUUAGAGUCCAAGGAGAGUUUGUUUCCGUCUUCUAAAGCGAUGGGAAUGGCAUUUCCGUUGUACCAGAGUGAUGAAUUUGUUGGCAGAGUCAAAGCAAUGUGUCUUUGGUACAACAUGACUAAACAGCAUCGAUUAACUUUGUUAAUAUUGGGUAAAUUAUUGGCAAGGCUUCAAGGAAACAAGAAACCUUAUCACUGGCCUAUUAUGGAAACGGAUAGUUCUACAAGUUCUUCGGUGCAAGAAGAAUCUUGCGAAGUUGGUGAUAGUGGCCUUGGUGAGUCAACAUCCAGUUCGACUGGCAGUUGUUCAGCUAAACGUGUUCAGUUCAUAGAGGAGGGAAGUGCCACAGAAAGUGCAAACAGUGACGAAUCUGGUCAUGAAUAUUCUGACAUGGAAGAUUUUUCAAUUCGAACGCAUUAUUCUCUUAGUGGAGAAACUGAAAUGAGUGCAUACAUUAACACGAUAAAUUUUUACAGUGUGAACUCCAUCACGGAAGUUACUUCGCAUACUGCAAAUAAUUCCACAACACUAUACCGAAAGUAUAUCGAAAAUGUGCUCAAGUGUCGUGGUCUUGGAAAGUCGUUAACUUUUCUGCAUCGUUUACAUAACGUUGUAUUGCGGAAAGCACAAUUAACAUUGGAAAAGCCAGACACCCAAGAACACGAAGAUGAUAGUUUGUUUAUCGAGGAAGAUGUGCCUUGUAUUGAACCCCCGUUGGAUAGAGAACAGGAAAGUGAACUCCGUCGUUUCGGAGCUUGGAGUAGCGAAGCCAAACAACUUAAUCUACCGUCAUACGUAUCGGCCUUUAUCUUCCUAUCGCUUAUUCCUUUGGAAGUAAUUCAAGAGUUUCUUAAAAUGCGGCUGGAGACAAGGCCGGUUCAACCAAAUCCGCUGAGUUUGGAACAACAUAUUAAGGAGUUGAAGGAAGGCCUCACACUUGCUAUGAUUCAUCGAGACAGAUUUCAGAAGCAUAUCAAUACUGCUCUGAAUGAUCGCGAAUCAGAACUGGACAAAUAUAUGGGAGUGUUGGAGACGUUUGAUGGUACGGUAAGAAACAUAUUUCAGUUAUAUCUAGAAUAUGCUGAACAGUGGAUCCUUGUGGCUACGCCCGAGGGUCAUCAAAAAUCAGCGCUAGAUGAGGAAUGGCGCUUCACUAAAUUGGUAUGUCCAAUGAUCCCGGGACAGCAUGGUGCUGCAGCGAAACGGUUUUGCAAUAUUGUAGAAAAAGUUUUGGAAGAUACUGGCCGUCGAAUGAUUACACGAUUACGGGAAUUGGAUGACAAGUUGAAAUCGAUUGACAACACUGCGGGUGAUAAAUCGGGUAAAAAGGUGCAAUUUUUGGCACUUUGUCGAGAAACACAAGAUGUAUUCACGUUCGCACGUGAUAAAACUAUGAAAACAAUGGCUUUUGCUAAGGGUUUGUUCCGUGAUCUAGAAAAUCGCGACUUUCAUCGGGACCAUUGUGAUGAAGGAGAAGAACAGAGUGAUGAUGGUGUUGUGCUAAGAAACAGUCUCGUUCAUAAGAAAAGUCCGGUGUGUCAAGAGGUAGUCGAUAUUUUACGGCUUCUGAAGAAAAAUGCCCUGCUGUUUCGGAAUAAGUUGACGUCGGUUAUCGAAAAUUUGCAAAACGAGUGUCAUGUCCGAAAUAUGGCGGAUAUGGAUGAGAAUGACCGUAUAGCGGUUUUGUCGAGAACACGUGAAAUAUUACAUCAGGGAUAUAAAUUUGGGUUCGAGUAUCAUAAGGACUUGGCGAGAUUGUAUGAAACGAAGGCGGAAAACUGUCGAGAUCUUGAGGGCGAGUUGAAACUUUCGAAUGCAAUCGUUCAAUUUGCGAAAUUGUGGAUGAAAUUCGUGACGGAACGUUGCGAACGAGGCAGAGGUCUUCGUCCACGAUGGGCAAAUCAAGGAUUGGAAUUUCUUAUUUCUGCCUGUGAUCCACAGUGUACUAGUCAUCUGAGUAACUCAGAGUUUGAAGAUCUUAAAUCGAAAAUGGAUGCCUGUAUUUCGCAUGUAAUUGGAAGUAUUAAAGAGCCGGAGAGAGUACGACUAUCACCGCGCACCAGAAAAGGUUCUCCAUCUCCUUCACCAACACCAGGUCGUGCAUCGAUCCCUACGAUAACCCUCAAUAAGAAUUACCAGAACCAACUCAGUUUACGUGAAGACGGUGUUAUACUUCGGUCGCAUCAUACAGCCGAAUCACCUGAUAUCUAUCGGAAGCAGACAUCAUACGAGAGUGUUCCGGAAAUAAGAAUCCGUGUACCAACGGAUGCCUUCCUGGGAACGAAACCACUACGACAGCUGCGUGUGCGUGACGCUAUUAACAAACUCGAUAAUAGGCUUGAUGAAAUGUUACGUGACCGUAACUUGAUUGGCAGCGUGAAAGAGAUAAGCUACUGUGAUAAAGUGCUGAAUAGAGCACGCAGUGUGAAUUUUAGUUGGCAUCGAGGCAUUAAAAUAGGUCAAGGUCGUUUCGGCAAGGUUUACACUGCAGUGAAUAAUUCAUCCGGUGAGUUGAUGGCUAUGAAGGAAAUUGCAAUCCAGCCUGGUGAAACGAGUGCGAUAAGAAAGGUAGCGGAGGAGUUGAAAAUAUUUGAAGGAAUAAAUCAUCGAAAUCUGGUCAAGUACUACGGAGUGGAAAUUCAUAGGGAAGAAUUACUAAUUUUCAUGGAAUUAUGUCCGGAAGGGACCUUGGAAAGCUUGGUGGAGAUCAAUGGUGGCCUCCCAGAGGCACAUGCACGUCGCUAUACGAUUCAGUUACUGUGUGGUGUGAAAGAACUGCAUCGUCACGGGGUAGUGCAUCGAGACUUGAAGACGGCUAAUAUUUUCCUAACUAAAGAUGGAAAUUGUCUGAAACUAGGUGAUUUCGGUUCUGCGGCGAAAAUUCAAGCGCAUACUACUUUGCCGGGAGAACUGAAAGGAUACGUCGGAACACAAGCCUAUAUGGCACCAGAGGUCUUCACUAAAACCAACAGUGAGGGUCAUGGUCGAGCAGCUGACAUUUGGUCCGUGGGAUGCGUAGUUAUUGAAAUGUGCAGUGGAAAGCGCCCAUGGCAUCAGUUUGAUUCUAACUUUCAAAUCAUGUUCAAAGUGGGAAUGGGAGAAACUCCAGAUAUACCGGACUGUUUGUCAGAGGAGGGCAAAGAUUUUGUAGAAAGUUGUCUGCUGCAUGACCCAAAGCAACGAAAAUCGGCGGCGGAAUUGUCACAUCAUAAUUUCUGCAAGGUCAGCGACGACAGCAUGUUUGAUUUGGAUCAGGAAAGCCGGCGGUCUUUUCGACGGAAUGUAAAUUCAGGAUCUUCUACAAAGUCAUGAUAACUGAAAGAAGAGCGGUGUAAACAUGAAUUAGUUCAAUAGCUAUCUGUACUUGUCCAUUUUGCCGGAUGCCAGUCAUUUCCAUACGAAUACAUAAACACAAUUACGAGUAUAAUAAAGACUGUUCAGUAUUGAAGCCACGUUACGAUCAAAGAGAAAAAGGACAUUACUACUUAAUCUCAUAGUAAACCGAGUUAUACACACAUUCCAUAGGAGUUUUAUUUGGGCUUCUAGAAAAUUCAUUAAACGAGUUUGGAGAUCCUUUGUCAUAAAUUUUACUUAAAAUAUUAUUGUGUAAGUUAAAAAUAACACCAAUUAUGUGAUUGGGUAAGGUUAUCCUUUAUGCAGCACUCAUACACGAAGAAGACUGACAACUCAACUAUCAUAAAUGUAAAGAGAAGUUAACAAUCAUGCGUAAUUGUGAAUUUCCGGAUAAAGGGAAAAAUUAUGAAUCAGUUUUCUCCAUUAAUAAGAGCAAGGCUCAGAUUUGUCAUAUUCGAUGUGAGGAAAUGCCUUAUUCCAUAGAUCAUCGAGCGUUGGUGAGGAGAUUUUGUUAUUAAGAUAACUGCGGCUUAAGAUUAUUUUUCUUCAAAAUCUGUUCGGAGACGAAAGCUUCAAGUAUACCUUUCGAGAGGGAUAGCCGUUAAUCCAUAAAUGUCAUGUGGAAAGAAAUGUAAAGUAUGACGAUGUCUCAACGGUAUUUUAAGAACAUAGGUAUCCGGGUGUUCUUCGAUUAUGUGUUGAAAAAAAAGCGAUCUAGCUCAUUGAAACGAUGUUUUGUAACCAUAAUAAAAAAUCCUUCCGAUUAUACCUUAUCCUAAAUCUGGUUUCGUCAGGUGAAUCGAACGAUUUUAAAACAGACGAAUUUAUAAAUUCUUGAACGUACUCUUGUGUGAAUUCAACAUAGACAACUAUCGACGUGGCCACCGACGAAAUCGAUCGUCAAAAUAUUUCAAAAUCUAUUGAUAAAACCAGAUUUCAUUAUUUGAUCUUUCGGUGUAUUAUGUUGAUUCAUUGGUUCGAAUAGACGAAAUUAACACAUCAACAACAACAUAUUUAGCUAGAUUUAGGCGGAUGUUCCGACGGUCAAACUUGAAGCAUUAGAUUUCGUCGGGAGAGUGAACAUUUUGAGAACUGUCGAAUUUGUUAUUGAGUGUGUUAGAAUAUUUCAAAUGUCAGACCCUGUCAGCUUGAACAAAAAUCAGUCUUCAGUUGAACAUAUCAUACCAAUUGUUGGGAGCGCAGUGUUGCUACUUUAGUCGUGCACAAAUUUGACAUUUUUCUAACCUACACAGCAAGAAACAGAUUUGUAACAAUCUCAAUGUGAUUAUCAAUCGAUGUGAAAAAAUGAGACGCACUGAACAUCACAUGCAAUAAUUUUCUUUUUUCAAGAAACAUUGCAGAUAAAUCACACGUUAUUACAUCGAAACAACGUAUUGAGCAGAUUACAUCAGCUGGAUUGAAUACUAGACGAUUCUGAUAGGAAAUUAUGCAUAUUUUCGUGUAAUAUUACAACCUUUAGAACGACACCAACACAUUUGUGAUAUUACAUCAAAAAUGUUGCACAUCACUUUUCACUAGUGAUGUGCAGCGAUUACGAUAUAAUAUCACACGAAAAGAUGCAUAAUUUCAUAACAGAAUCAUAUACAGUAUUCAGUUGAGGUGUACUUAAAACGUUGUAUCAAUGUAAUAACAAGUGAACUAUUUCUUGAAAAUAGAAAAUUAUUACAUUUGACGUUCAGUACGUCUAAAUUUUUUCACAUCGAUUGAUAAUCACAUGGAGAUUGUUACAAUUCUUUUUUUUUGCUUUACAAUUAUAAUUCUUUUGUAUGCACGAGAUUUGCUCGUCAAAUGUGAGAGCUGGAUAGCUUCAUAAUAUGAUGUCAUUGCAAAUGUGAAAGUGCGCGGUAAUGAAUAUUGUUUCUCCCAUUGAGCUCCUGUUUUGUGCAAUUACUUUGCAAAUAAUUGAUAUCCGAGAGAACCAAUGAACAAAAGAGAAAAUUUAGAAAUAAAAUUAGGAAAAUUCAAUAAAUUUGGCAUUUCAUUUUAUACAUGUGUUUGAGUAGGGCGAAUGCACUAAUUGAAAAGACAUUAUCUUAAUUUCCAUACGAAUUUUACAUAGAGUUGUCAGUCUUCUUAAGAUAAUGUUUACGGAGGAACAUAGAAUAGCUGCUUAGAUGUUGAAUAGAGGAACGAUAUCUAUAGUAUAAUUAUUAUAUGUUAUUUAAUAUAUUGUUAAUCACAAA